CUUUAUAUUACCAAAUUCUUUACUUGUUACAAAACGAGUGGUUUUUCAAAUUUAAUUGAAGUACAAUAGAAUAUUCCGAUCUUGAAUACUUUUUGUUUUAAAAAAAAAUAAAAUUGUUCUUGACAUUGUCAAGUUUAUUUAUAAGUUUAUUUGGACCAACUAAUAUGUUUUGCUUGUCAUAUUUGCUAGGACUGAAUCGGAAUUGAGUGAGGCAGUAGUCAACCAAAUUUUGAAUAAAUUAUAUCCUGCAUACUUCAGUGCUUGCACUGACUUAUCUGCGAUUGAUUCACACAUUAACAAACUUUUGUCAUCGUUAAGUAUUGGGUCAAAAGAUGUUCGUUUUAUUGGAAUUUGGGGAAUGGGAGGUAUAGGAAAGACGACCAUUGCUGAAGUUCUUCUUAGUCGAAUAUCUGAUCAAUUUGAUAAUUUCUACUUUGAGAGCAAUGUUAGGGAAAAAUCAGAGAAAGAUGGAUUAGUUCAAUUGCGAAAAUGUCUCUUUUCCAAACUUCUACAAAAUGAAAAUUUGAGCAUGGAUAUGUAUCAUGUUAUACCAACUUUUAUUCUGGAUAUGCUUAGACGAAAGAAAGUUUUCAUUGUUCUCGAUGAUGUCAAUGAUUCAGACAAAUUAGAGGCUUUAGCUGGAAAUCAUGAUUGGUUUGGUCCUGGUAGUAGAGUCAUUGUAACUAGUAGGGACAAAGAAGUACUUAACGAUGUUGAUGAAAUAUAUGAGGUUAAGGGAUUAAAAUAUUCUAAUGCUCUUCAAUUAUUGAGUAUGAAAGCCUUUAAAAAAAAGCAUCCUCCAAAAGAUUUUGUAGAGUUGUCAGAAAGAGCAGUAAAUUAUGCUAAUGGCGUUCCAUUAGCUCUUAAAGUUUUGGGUUCCCAUCUAUGCAAAAGGCGUAUAGAGGAAUGGGAAAAUGUAUUGGAUAAACUGAAACAAACCCCUGAUUCUAAGAUUCAGAAAGUCUUAGAAAUAAGUUACGAUACGCUAGAACCAAGUGAGAAGGAUAUAUUUCUUGAUAUUGCUUGUUUCUUUGAAGGACAACGUAAAGAUUGGGUAGCAAAUAUACUAAAUGGAUGUGGUCUUGCUGCAAGUAUGGGAAUAAAUCGACUAAUGGAUAAGUGUCUCGUAGUUGUCUUUGGAAACAACUUAGAGAUGCAUGAUUUGAUACGAGAAAUGGGUCAGGAUAUUGCUCGACGCAUGGGUAGCCGAUUAUGGAAUGCCACAAGAAUUUAUGACACUUUAAUAACUGAGACGAUGAAAGAAACCGUUGAAGGCAUAUUCUUGGACAUCUCAAAAAUUGGGAAAGUGCACUUGCAUCCUGCAAUCUUCUCACGGGUUCCUAAUUUAAGACUGCUAAAAUUUUAUAGGUCUUGCCCUCGCAUAAAGGACACAAACACAGAUUCUAUAUUUGAACUUGGUCAGACGAAAGAGCUUCAGUUUCUCCCUAAUAAGAUAAGUUUAUUCCAUUGGGAAGACUACCCUUACAAAUCUUUGCCAUCAAAUUUUUUCAUGAAAAAUGUUGUUGAACUUAACAUGAAAGGGAGCAAGGUCAAGCAACUAUGGAAUGGAAAUAAGUGUCCUCAAAGGUUAAAAUAUCUUGAUCUUUCUGAAAGCGAGUACUUGGAAACACUCCCGGAUCUCUCUUCGGCUCCAAACCUAGAGAGGAUUUGUCUUUCAAAUUGUAAAACCUUGAGCCAAAUUCCCUCAUCCAUUCAGUGUCUGCACAACCUUGAUGCUCUUGAUCUGAGAGGUUGUGAGAAGCUGAGGAGUCUUCCAAGACUUGCUCAGUUGGGCUCUCUUUGGAUUCUUAAUCUUUCAUGGUGCUCAAAUUUGCAGAUGCUUGUUGAUGUUCCAAGAGGACUAAAGAUGUUAUUAUUAGGGCAAUGUGGGUUAGAAGAGUGGUUCCAAGAGGAUGGACUUUUCUGCAAUCUUCAAGUCAUAGAGGUACAGAACUGCAAAAACCUUAGAAGUCUUCCAAGUAGUGAUUGUUUGAAUUCUAUUAGGGUACUUAGUCUUAAGGGUUGUUCAAGUCUUAGUAAGGUAAGUUCCCAGAGAAUAUAG